AUGACUUCUUCAGAGUCCUUGUCCUUUGAGGGGUGCCUUCGCUCAACACCUCCCACCGAAUCUCUCGCACUCAUUCUCUCCGAUCCCAAGAUCCCACAACAGAGCGAUGAGCACCGCAUGCAAGCCAUACCCAGUUGUGCAUUUACCUUCCUCGACCCUGUGGUGGUCAACCUCUACGACGAAGAUUCUCUUCUCCAAAUGCGUGGCUCGAAGCAUGUCCAAGCUGCCAAGGGUCGAGCUUUGAAGUACCAUACUCCCCAUGGCCAAUGA